CCUACUGUAGGAUCCUCUACACUACGUUGUUCGAGUCUGUGGAGAACAGCAGCCCCUUCUUUGGCUACUACUUCUUCAAUACGCUUCUGAUAAUGCUGCAGGUGUUACAUGUGUAUUGGUUCUGCCUCAUUUUGCGCAUGAUCUACAACGUCCUGAGGAAGGGUCAGCUGGGAAAGGAUGUCCGCAGUGAUGAGGAAGAAUCUGACUACAGCGAUGAUGAGGUGGCACGCAAAGGUCCACAGCUGAAGAAUGGGGUGACUCAAGGGCCUGGGGCUAUCCCCAGUAAUGGCCCCCGGAGCCGGGCAGCUGGGCGGCUGGCCAAUGGGCACAUCCCAACCACAUAACCAGCAUGAAGACUGGCCAUGAGGGGUUGUGCUCAGCACUUGCACUCUCUGUGGGUGGCUGGAGCAGAGACCCUUGCUUGGGCCAGCUCGGCAGAGACUGGGAGGGCCCCACCCAUCAGUGGGAGGGCUGAUGAUCUGUCUCUAGCCCCUUCCCUCUGCUCACCCUCUUUCCAUUCCUCUGGUCAACUGGACAGAGUCUCCGGAGGUAACAGGACUCUAGACACCACAUCACUACCACCAAUGGCCCUGCCCCAACAUCCAAUAAAACUAGA